GAGUAGCAAGGUUGCCUUCGCCUACAGCUGGUGUGUGAGAGAGCGCAUUUGGUAUCCUCUUUCUGUUUCGCAUUGCCAACAGCACUGGAUUAAUUAUUUAGCUGUCACCUACCAAGAGGAGCUAUUUGAAAUCAAAACCCUAAAGGAGAGGAGAGACAGAUAUUACAGUUGGAACUCAUAUGAGAAAGGACCCUCUCGCAGCACCUUUUCUUUAAUCCACUACUCUUACAGCACAUUUUUCUCUUGGAGAGAAUAGUCUUGGUGCUGAUGUUGGUCUCUAGCAAGCAGUUGCCGAUUGGCCGUUCCCAGAGCUGGGAUGUGCUGGGUGGGAAUGAAGGUCAGUGGGAACGCAGUGAGAAUAUGUAUGAGCAGCAGAACAGGACAGCUGACCGACGGAACUCCUUUGGAGGGGAUGCUGGGGGUUUGUAUGGACCACCUACUAGUGUGCGCCCAUCUGACAUGGAUAUGAAACUGGAGCCAUACCAUUACCAGGUGUCACUGUAUAAUCAUAAUUAUGUGGAUCGACCAGAUCUCUGCAGCAUGAGGAAGAAUUCUGUUCCUGAGUUGAACAGUCAUUAUGACCGUCCACCUAUGACCCAUCGUAGUUCUCUAACUCCACUGGAUCCUUACCAGCAAGAUCCUUCAGUGUUUUCCAGGACACCUGACGGCUUCUUUCGUGGAGAACAAAUGCCACUUAACCGGUCAGCUGCUCAUUACGGUAUGAUUGGAGCAACUCAACCAAAUUGGAAUCAGACCCAAUCUGGGAGGUCUAGUGUGCCUGCCCCGAUUCCAGCACCACCUCCUCCACCUCCUGCUCGCAUUUACCGGGAACUAUGCCUCUCUGGCCCUCCACCUACCACACCAGUAGCCAAAAUGAUGCCAGAAGGCCAGCACAUAGCAAGCCGUGUACCAUCUCCUGCUCGCUAUGCCACUGAGUCAAAUACUUCUCGAUAUGGGGCUAAGGCACCUUCCUCUCUUCUUGGAAAUUCAGUGUACAAUGAUCUUAAUGGGCGGCCUGUGGAUACAAGUCAGCCUGCAGCCACCUGCCUAGUUAUAGAUCCAUCUUCUCAAGGUACGGUUAUGCGGCAGGAAAGCCCUUCACCAUGUGUUAUAGGACAGCAGCAACAGGCCCAACAAAAAAAACAGGAACCAGCUCAGCAAAUGUUACACCAGCAGAUGCAACAAGUUCACUCAUUCCACCAACCACAGCAGUUUCUGCCAGUUCAGCAAGAGCAGCCCAUUCAAAACCCACAGCAAAUACAGCCAGUUCAACAACAACAGCAAACACAACCGAUCCAGCAAAUGCCACUUAUGCAACAAACACAGCCUGCACAGUCUGUUCAGCAGGGGCAACCUGUGGCACCACCAAAUCAUGUGUAUGAUCCUAACCUUUCAUUGCCAGCUUCUGCCUCAAUGACUUCAGUCACAGAUGCAAUCCCUGCUCAGGGUCGUCCACAGCUUCCCGCUCAACCUGCUCCUCCGCCUACGACAGCUCAAAACUCACUGGCUACUGUGGACCAAAUGAAGACAACUGACUCAGAGUUUCUGGCAUUUUUACGCAAUGAAGGUUUGUCUGAGACAACUAUAACCUCUCUACUACAGCAGGGUUUUGAUUCCCCUGCAAUGUUAGCUGUUCUGGAACAAAAUGAUGUUCACUCUGUUGCACCCAACUUGGGGCAGGCACGUGUGCUAUCUCGUGUGGCGGUCAGCUGUAAGCGUCCUCUGGACAUCCCUCAGCACCAAACUGCUCCGGUCCGAGGACGUUCCAACAGUUUCAGCCAUCGCAAUGACAUAUACAUGCACCAGCAAUCACCUAUGACUCCAAGUAUGGACUCCCAGUAUAUGCCAUUGUCCCCAGUCCAGAACAUCUUUCCCAGGAUGGCCGAAGUCAUGGGCCGCAGACCUAGCAGUGCUCCUUCCCAGCAACUUCUAGAGGCUAGUGAAUACCCUAUAACAAGGACACCAGUGUCUUUCAAUAAUGUGGUGUUGCCUCAUCAACCUCGUUCACUGUCUGCUUACAGUACUCAGGCUGGCCUACCUAUGUCGUCUUUGACAGCAGUGUCUCAGCAAGUUCCACUUCCAUCACACAUAUCUGGAGUGCAACCACAAAUCCUUGGUUUGCAACAACAAAUGCAACCCCCUAUCCAUGGGAUGCCACAACAAACACCAGCACAGCAAGCCCCCAAAGCAUACUCCACUAACUACACUGUGCCCAUGGAGCUGUUGAAGAGGGAUCGAAGCGUGGCCAAUCCACAUCCAAGCCCCCAUAUACUGCGGAAGACUGGGGCAACACCUCAUGACCGUGCCCUGGUACCUGUAGGCGCUGCAAUACAGAAUACUUGCCUUGCAAAUCAAAGGCUCUCACGACGCACUGGACCCCCUGUAAUUGUCUCCACCAUGGCAUCACCUGAUACAAGUAUAAGGCCACAAAUCAUGAACGGACCGAUGCAUCCACGGCCGCUGGUUGCUCUGCUGGAUGGGAGGGACUGUACGGUGGAAAUGCCGAUCCUUAAAGAUUUGGCAACCGUGGCCUUCUGUGAUGCUCAGUCCACGCAGGAGAUCCAUGAGAAGGUACUAAAUGAGGCAGUAGGAGCAAUGAUGUACCACACCAUCACACUCACCAGAGAGGACCUGGAGAAAUUUAAAGCCUUGCGCAUCAUUAUCCGCAUUGGCAGCGGCUACGAUAACAUUGAUAUUAAAGCUGCUGGAGAAAUGGGAAUUGCAGUGUGUAAUAUCCCGUCUGCAGCUGUAGAGGAGACUGCAGAUUCUACCCUCUGUCACAUCCUGAACCUUUACCGGAGGAACACCUGGCUGUACCAGGCUCUCCGGGAGGGCUCGCGGUUCCAGAGCAUAGAGCAGAUCAGGGAGCUGGCAUCAGGAGCAGCUCGCAUACGGGGAGAGACACUUGGACUCAUAGGUUUUGGCCGAACGGGUCAGGCAGUAGCGGUUCGGGCAAAAGCAUUUGGCUUCAACGUGAUAUUUUACGACCCGUAUCUACAGGAUGGAUUGGAACGCUCACUGGGUGUCCAGAGAGUCUACACCCUCCAGGACCUGCUGUACCAAAGUGACUGUGUGUCUCUGCAUUGCAAUCUAAAUGAACACAAUCACCACUUGAUCAAUGACUUUACCAUCAAGCAGAUGCGUCAGGGUGCAUUCCUGGUGAACUGUGCACGUGGGGGUCUGGUGGAUGAGAAAGCUCUGGCUCAAGCCCUGAAGGAAGGAAGAAUCCGGGGAGCUGCUCUGGAUGUUCACGAAUCAGAACCAUUCAGUUUUACCCAAGGUCCACUAAAAGAUGCUCCCAAUCUGAUCUGCACACCUCAUACAGCCUGGUACAGUGAGCAGGCCUCGCUGGAGAUGCGAGAGGCGGCUGCCACUGAAAUUAGAAGAGCCAUCACGGGUCGUAUUCCAGACAGCCUUAGAAACUGUGUCAACAAAGAGUACUUUAUUGCCACUGCACCGUGGGGAGCAGUGGAGCAGCAGGUGCAUCCAGAGCUCAACGGUGGAUAUAGCAGAGUGGCCCAACCGUUACCAGCCAUAUCGCCUGGUGGCCUGCAAGACAAAAUGUAUACCUAAACCCAACCAGUAGACAUGCCCAGGGUCCGGUGGGGAUGUCUUCUUGAGGACCAGAAAAGGGCACAAAGCUAAGCGAGGGUCCCAGGGCCCAUGCCCUCUCCCUGCCACCAGGACCUCCAGCCCAACCGAACCCCCUGCCUGAAACAAUCCAACACAUGAUGUGAGCACAGAGAACACAUAUCCGAGGAGUAAACGCAGGGAGGCGUUUAUACUGCUACUGAACAACUCAUGGCACAGUUCACAUAGCAAGUUAACUUCAAUCCAGGUACAUGAAGUAGUAAAUUACCUAGGAGCUACAGCUAACAGCAGUGGGAACAGCUCAGAUAUGCAUCAUGGAGGAGUCCUAAUCCUACAUCCUAGUUUUUCUUGGAUAUAAUUUUUUUCGUUGCAGAUGUUUUCCCUCCACGUGUAUACUUUACCUUGCUUGUCUUUAUGGGACUGAGGAUCGAGUUCUCGAAGGACGUUCACGUUAUUCACCCCUUCUGCCACCUGCCUUGUGAACAAAACACUUAUAGAUGCAUUUAUUCUGUUAACCAGUUUGUCAUUGAAUUUCCUUGUUGCCUCUUUCUUUAAACCAAACAAAUUAUUACUGUCUUUUUAAUUUUGUGUUAGUGAUUUAAUUAUAUUGGUAUGUUGUGUAUUUAUCAAAAAGCAAAAGCAAAUGGUUAAACUAUUAAUAACAUUUAUUGUGACCCUGUUUCUUAACUUGGCCUUGAAAAAAAAGCUAAAACUUUAAUUAUUAGACACAACCACAUGAUUCUAACAACCACCAGCCCUAACAUUCAGGCAUUUUGUAUUAAUUUACAUAGAAGUGUUUGAGCAACAUUGCCAUGUCAGAUUUAUUUAUCUCAGAAUUUAAAUUAGUUUUUUUUUUUUUUGUCCAAUGCUAAGAUUAUGGAUGGCAGCUCGCAGUGAAAGUCAGGAGCCACGUGCCACCUUGCUCAGGAAACACUUUUCUUCUUUCAUGUCUGAGUACCAUAAAACAAGCAUCACGUGUCUGAUUAUCCUGCCAUCUACUUUUCCUUACACUGCUCUCUUGCUGAUAUUUUUAUAGAUGUAAAAUAGAAAAUAUUUUGAUGUUGCAGUUAGAUUUGUAUUGCUAUAGUAUGCAAAACUUUUUUUUUUUUUUUUUGCCUUGUGUGAAUGUUAUGACGUCACCUGAACUUCAUUUUGUUGUUACUGAAAUGUGUGUUCCUCAGCCCACUUUGCCAGUACAUGUAUAUUAGGACAGUGGGCUAUGUUUUUAUUGUUUGUUUAUUGUACCAAACAUCCAUGACAGUACAAAUUAAAAAAUAAAAUAAGCAAAAUACUUGUGCAAAAUUCAGAAUACCA